AUGGCCCCGAUCGAAGCACUGCUGUUUGAUGUUUUCGGAACGGUCGUAGACUGGCGCGGCCAUAUCGUUGCUAAGCUGGAGGCGCAGGCCGCAAGAUAUGGGGAGGAGCUUGCGGGCACGGAUUGGGGAAAAUUCACACAGGAUUGGUGGAGUGCGGGUUUAAAGGAGAUAGGACGGAUUGCCACAGGCGCUUCACAGGGCCCAUUGAAUUCCGAUGUUCUACACAGACUAGUACGUGAUCCUCCCACAACGGCUAUGCAACGACGAAACCAAUCACCUCUGUCAAAGGUUUUAGAUGAGGUGUUAGACUCUCCUGAGUGGUCUCACGUCGGCCGGCUAUGGGAUGAAACGGUGCGCCAAUCGAUAAAUUUUUCUAUGCACCAACUGAACGGAUGGCCCGAUGCCGCUGAUGGUCUGCAUGAGCUUAGGAAGCACACUAUCGUCGCUUCUCUGUCGAACGGGAAUGUUCGUAUGCUCCUCGAUUUGUCCAAAUUUGCAGGCCUACCAUGGGACAUGAUAUUUUCCACCGAGUUCUUUGAUACCUUCAAACCGAACCCGAAAGCUUAUCUCGACGCCGCACGCCACCUCUCGCUCGAUCCGGAGCGUUGCGCGCUCGUCUCAGCGCACAUCCAGGACGUGCGCGGUGCGGCUAAUGUCGGUAUGCGCACAGUGUACGUCCGCCGGCCGGGCGAGGACAUCGAUGAGAGCACGGGGCAGCAUGUGGAGGUCCACAGCAAGGAGAAUGGCGGUGAUGUGGAUUACAUGGUAGGGUCAUUUUUGGAGCUAGUGGAUGUUAUUAAGCGCGUUAACGCUGCUGAGUGA